CGCUGUGGCCAUGCGUCGCUGAGGCGGGCGCUGGCCGGGUCUCGCCAUGGGGCUACCGCCGCCCAACGGCAGCCUCGGCUUCACCGGCGGCCCCCCGCAGCCGGGCGGGGGUGCGGCGGUGGGGCCGGGAGACCGCGGCUGCGAGAACGGGGCCCUCAUGGACAGCUUCGGCAUCUUCCUGCAGGGGCUCUUGGGCGUCGUGGCCUUCAGCACCCUCAUGCUAAAACGCUUCCGAGAACCAAAGCAUGAACGACGUCCCUGGAGGAUAUGGUUUUUAGAUACUUCCAAGCAAGCCAUAGGGAUGUUAUUCAUCCACUUCGCAAAUGUCUAUUUAUCAGACCUUACAGAAGAAGACCCCUGUUCACUGUACCUUAUCAACUUCUUGUUAGAUGCCACAUUAGGGAUGCUGUUAAUCUACAUUGGUAUACGUGCAGUCAGCAGCAUUGUGGAGUGGCAGCAGUGGGAGUCCCUUCGCUUUGGUGAAUAUGGUGACCCACUGCAGUGCACUGCUUGGGUGGGCCAAUGUGCUCUGUACAUAUUGAUUAUGACAUUUGAGAAAACCAUCAUCAUUAUAGUGCUGCUUAUACCUCAGUGGAAAGAGGUAGCUUUAUUGAACCCUAUAGAGAACCCCCAGCUGGAGCUGGCUAUCGUCAUGCUGAUAGUUCCCUUCUUUGUUAAUGCAUUAAUGUUCUGGGUAGUAGAUAAUUUUCUUAUGAAGAAAGGGAAGACAAAAGCUAAACUUGAAGAAAAGGAAGCAGGACAAGAUUCAAGAAAUGGAAGUAAAGUCCGAUACAGGAGAGCAGCAUCACAUGAAGAGUCAGAGUCAGAAAUCCUUAUUUCAGCAGACGAUGAGAUGGAGGAAUCAGAUGCUGAAGAGGACUUGCGUAGACUGACCAACUUAAAACCCAUUAAAAAGAAGAAGCAUCGCUUUGGUCUGCCUGUAUGACAAAUUCCCUGACCUGUGUAUUUGCAGGUUUCAUGGCAAAAACUUCAGUCGGUGGCGUUUAAUGUUGCAAUUGCGUCUCCCUUUUCAUACAAAGUGACUUAAAAGCAAGGUCUACCAACAGAACGCAGAUGGUUGGAAGGCUUCCAGUUCAGUUGCACUACAGACACACUGACCAAUAUGCAAGAAUGUGUUUCCAUCAUGUGUGAAAAAUACAGCGUUGUUAAGGACUAGUCGCUAAGGGGAUUUGUAUCUGACACAUCAGAGAAGAUCCCAGGAAGCAGAUGCAGCAAUCUUUCACUUGUGGUUACCGAUGGUGCAGUUUAAGAUGUUCUCGAAAAGGCAUCAGAAUCAACUAAGUUAAAGGAGUGUGUUUUAUUACUAAAACUGGCUUUUGCAGCAUAAUUCCUAGAGCAGAAUAGUUUAUGGUUACAAGCUGUAACUUAAUGUUAUUUUUUUAAGUACAAAUGUUUACUUGCUACCGGGUACCUAUGGAACUAAUAGGUGGAACAAAGAUUUUUUUCCAAGUCUCCUCAAAUCUAUUUGACUAUUUUAUAUUUAAGUUAUAUUUUCAUACAGUUGUAUUUAAAGAUUCUCUUUGUCAGAAAAAAGGGUGCAGUUCCCUUUUUUUGUGCAGAGCAGGUCAAAAGAUUUGUAGUAAAAAUCUUAUUUAUCCUUGUGUCCUGGUUUAAGACAAAGGGAUUGCAGAGAGAAGAGCUCUGUCAGUGCUGAAGUCACCAAAUACCACAAAAAAAUGCAGUUCUAAGUGUGCUUCUGACCACAUAAUUUGACAAUACCUUUUUUAAUAGGAGGUGGUGUUUGCAUAUUUGACAAACGUGCACUUUAGUGUAUAACAAAAAUCUGUUGUGAUAGGUUAUUUGUGAAACUAGUAUCUAUGGAUGACUGUAAUUAUUUGUUUCUGCAAGUCUCUUGUGCAUACCUCUCAAAUGACCCAGAAGAGAUGGAACGUUCCUUAUGCUUUUUGUUAUAUAGGGCCCAUGGUACAAGACGGUGACCUGACUGAAGCAGUUGUGCUGUAAUAUCGCAACUAAUUCUGUUCCUUGAUUUUUGUUGGAAAAGCAGUCUUCUUUUUAAUAUCCUGAAAAAAGAUUUCUCCUGUUUAAUUUCCAUAAAGUCUGAUAAUCCUUUAGUCCUUAAGAAAA